GAUCGCUUCGACAAGCAAAUUGACGACGUCUUCCUGUUGCGAUGUUACUACGUUCAAAUCGAGUUAUUCAUGGCGCUGCUUCACAAGCGAAGCCCGUAUCCAUACUACCUGGACUUCAUGAAGCGGACUGGCUUGAAGAAGAAGCCUUGA